UUAUUUUGAAGGCUGGGAUCGGAGGUCCUCCUUAAAACCCAGUCUGCCUGGUGUGACAGUGAAACACUCAGUAUGUGUGUGUGUUUCGGCUUCCUGCGCGGUGUCCGCACACCGUCCGUCUCUUCAGUUUAGAUCGGCUCACCAUGGCGGAAGGACGCAGAGAACCACCGCCUCAUCCUCCUCUCUCCUUACCACCGGCCAGCAAGCGACCCUGCCUUCGUCCCGCACCCCGAGGUCCCGGUCCGGGGCCCGGCCACGGCAGCGGCUUGCGGUAUCGCUCCCCGGAGUCCCUCCUGGACUGCGCCGCUAAGGCGGUAGCGGAAAAGUGGGCCUUUGAGAGAGUGGAGGAGCGCUUCGAGCGGAUUCCGGAGCCCGUCCAGCGCCGUAUCGUGUAUUGGUCUUUUCCUCGCAACGAAAAGGAGAUAUGCAUGUACUCUUCGUUUCAGUGCAGGGUAGCCAGCGAGGAAGUUCCGUCGGCGGCUGCCACUGGAACUGUGGGAACGGGGUCCGGAGCAACAAACGCUGGUUGCGGCGGAGGAUCUACCGCUGGUGCAUCGGCUGCUGUGGGGGCAGUCGGAGUAGUGGGGUCGGGAGACGGACUCCCUUUCCGACGGGGAAUCAGGCUCUUGGAAACCGGCUGUGUGGAAAACGUUUUACAAGUUGGGUUUCACCUCAGCGGGACUGUGACUGAGCCGGCCACAGCCUCAGAACCAGAGGUUACCCACAAGGUGGCGAUCAGCUUCGAUCGCUGCAAGAUUACCUCAGUCACCUGUGGUUGCGGGAACCGAGACAUUUUCUACUGCUCGCAUGUGGUCGCACUCUCUCUCUAUAGGAUCCGCAAACCUGAACAGGUGAAGCUCAGGUUGCCUAUAUCAGAAACGCUGUUCCAAAUGAACAGAGAUCAGUUGCAGAAGCUGGUCCAGUAUCUGAUCACUGCCCACCACACCGAGGUGCUGCCCACAGCACAGAAACUGGCUGAUGAGAUCCUCUCCUCCAACUCCGAGAUCAACCAGGUUCAUGGUGCUCCAGACCCGACUGCAGGCGCUAGCAUUGAUGAUGAUAACUGCUGGCAUCUGGACGAGGAUCAAGUCAGGGAGCAGGUCAAACAGUUUUUGUCCCAGGGAGGAUACUACGGCUCUGGAAAGCAGCUCAACUCCAUGUUUGCAAAGGUGCGAGAGAUGCUCCGAAUGCGAGACUCCAACGGUGCUCGGAUGCUUACAUUGAUAACAGAGCAAUUUAUGGCGGACCCCCGAUUGUCACUAUGGAGACAGCAAGGCACAGGGAUGACAGACAAGUGCCGGCAGCUCUGGGAUGAGCUGGGUGCAUUGUGGGUGUGUGUGGUGCUGAAUCCACACUGUAAAAGCGAGGAAAAGAGCAGCUGGUUAAAGCAGCUGAAGAAGUGGGGAGACAUGGACGUUUGCCCGCUUGAGGACGGAAACUACGGCAGUGAGCUUCCAAACAUCACCAACGCCCUACCGCAAAGUAACCUUGCACAAGACUCUCUGUCCAGACCGAGACGGACGGUGUUCAGUCGAGCCGUUGAGGCCUGCGACCUCCACUGGCAGGACAGCCACCUGCAGAGGAUCAUCAGCAGCGACUACUACAUGUCUCCGUCCUAUCAGAGAGAAGGGGAAAGCUUGCUGUUCAACCCACAGGGGCUGCCGCUGUGGCUAGACCACGUCCCAACGGCUUGCGCUCGUGUUGAUGCCCUGCGAUCCCACGGCUACACCAGAGAAGCCCUACGAUUGGCCGUCGCCAUCAUCAACACGCUCCGCCUCCAGCAGCAGAGACAGAUGGACAUCUACAAACACCAAAAGAAAGAGCUUCUCCAGAGAAAUGUUACUUCCACCACCAACCUGGAAGGCUGGGUGGGUCAUCCCUUAGAUCCGAUUGGUUGUCUUUUCAUCACGCUCACAGAAACGUGCCGCAUGGAUGACGACAGCACUAUGGACACUGGAGAAGGUGACCCCAGACCUCCAGUCUACCAUCAUGUGCCAGUGUGGGGCUGUCCAGAUGGGGGCGAGUCCUACCUCACUCUGGCCUUAGAGGUGGCCCUGAUGGGUAUGGGCCAGCAGAGGAUAAUGCCAGAGGGACUGUAUGCCCAGGAUAAGGUGUGUCGUAAUGAAGAGCAGAUCGUUUCCAAACUGCAAGAGUUGGAGCUGGACGAUCUCCUGGUUCAGACGCUUCGGAAGCAGGCCAUACAGUUGCUGGAGGCUGGUCCGUUUAGCGGCCUCGGAGAAAUCAUCCACAGAGAAAGUGUGCCCAUGCACACCUUUGCCAAGUAUGUCUUCUCGGCUCUGCUGCCACAUGAUGCAGACCUGGCUUAUAAGGUGGCUCUCCGUGCCAUGAGGCUGCCGGUUCUGGAGUCGUCUGCAAGCUCUGGGGACGUGGGGCACCCUCAUCACGGGAUCUCCAUUGUUCCUAGCAGAUACCCACGCUGGUUCACUCUCGGCCACCUGGAGUCGCAGCAGUGUGAGCUGGCAUCAACGAUGCUCACUGCUGCUAAAGGGGACAUGUUGAGAUUGCGGACGGUGCUGGAGGCCAUUCAGAAAAACAUCCACUCGUCUUCCCUCAUCUUCAAACUGGCCCAGGAUGCGUUUAAGAUAGCCACACCGGCAGACAGCCCACCAGAUAUAACCCUGCUCAAUGUGGCGUUGGAGUUAGGGUUGCAGGUGAUGAGAAUGACACUGUCCACUUUGAACUGGAGAAGGAGAGAGAUGGUCCGCUGGCUGGUAACCUGCGCCACAGAAGUCGGUCUGCGGGCAUUAGUGAGCAUCUUGCAGAGCUGGUACACUCUGUUCACACCGACAGAGGCCACCAGCAUUGUGGCAGCCACUGUCAUGUCCCAUAACACCAUUCUGCGCCUCAGCCUCGACUACCCGCAGCGGGAGGAGCUGGCCAGUUGUGCGAGGACGCUGGCUCUGCAGUGCGCCAUGAAAGACCCUCAGAACUGCGCCCUGUCGGCUCUGACGCUCUGCGAAAAGGACCACAUUGCUUUCGAGACGGCUUACCAGAUCGUGAUCGACGCCGCGUCUACAGGCAUGACGUACUCGCAACUGUUUACCAUCGCGCGGUACAUGGAGCACAGAGGCUAUCCACUUCGGUCAUUCAAGUUGGCGUCUCUGGCCAUGACCCACCUUAACCUGGCCUACAACCAGGACACACACCCCGCUAUUAACGACGUGCUCUGGGCCUGUGCACUCAGCCACUCCCUGGGGAAAAAUGAACUUGCAGCCAUCAUCCCCCUGGUGGUAAAGAGUGUGCACUGUGCCACGGUGCUGUCUGACAUCUUGCGGCGGUGCACCAUGACGGCACCGGGUCUCGCUGGCAUUCCCGGACGAAGGAACUCUGGAAAGCUCAUGUCAACGGACAAGGCGCCGCUGCGACAGCUCCUGGACGCCACUAUCUCGGCAUACAUCAACACCACACACUCUCGACUGACCCACAUCAGUCCGCGGCACUAUGGGGAGUUCAUAGAGUUCCUCAGCAAAGCACGGGAGACUUUCCUUUUGGCGCAGGACGGCCACAUUCAGUUCGCCCAGUUCAUAGACAACCUGAAACAGAUCUACAAGGGUAAAAAGAAACUGAUGAUGUUGGUCAGGGAGCGCUUUGGCUGACCUUAAACCUGCCUCAGAGAUCUUCUUCUUGAGAUGUAGUUAAACUUAUUUGUUUAUUUAAGGGUUUUUUGGGGGAUUUUUACUUUAUGUUGAGCCAUUUCUUGACCAAGUCUUGAGGUUUUGUUCUGUUUUGUUUCUUGAAUGUGAACCAAAAAGUGUUCGCUAUACUUACUCUACAUAACAGUUAUUGCAAAAGAGAGGACCUAAAGUGUCACAGAAGUAACAAGACAUUAGAUUCAUCUAGUAAAUAUUUGAAAUACUCAGAAAAUCUAAAGAAUGUGAUUAUAAAAGCAAAAGAAAUGUUUGCCUCCUGGUGGCUUACAACCUUGUUGGAUUGGGUGUGUCCUCUUAGUUGAGGUUAAGAAGAAUUGGCUUUCAAUGUGAAGGGAACUUUGCAGCAGUUGAAAACACACACGGUUACUGUCAUACCUCGACUGUCAGCUUUAACUUCUCUGGUAUAAAUAGCCUCUUGUUAUAUUCAGGGCUUCUCAGAGGAGACAGGACGGACAGAACUACCUUUGUGGUUUCUCUGAUUAAAAAAAAAAAAAACUCAGUAGUUGAACAUUUAAUUACCUUCACCUGCUGCACGGUGAGGAUUACGCUUUACAGAGUGCAUGUUUUGAGGGUGACGUCCUGGCUGCUUUAGUUCAAAGUUUAGCCUUCAUGUGUACAUCAGUAUAUUCUUGUAUACAGUGUAUCCUUCAUGUCAUCCUGUAAAUGACAAAAAUGCCAUGUUUGAU